AACAAUCCGUCCGCUGCUCCCCUGCACCCUUGGGCAUGGCCGACACGUCCAUGGGAGAGACUGCAUGUGGAUCUGGCGGGACCUUUCAUGGGUAAAAUGUUCCUCGUGCUCGUGGAUGCUCACUCCAAAUGGCCAGAGGUGUUUGUCUUGGAGUCUACGACGUCAAAGGUCAUAAUCCAGUGUGUACAAGAUUGCUUCGCACGGUUUGGUCUGCCCACAACCAUGGUUUCUGACAAUGGGCCUCAGUUUGUGUCGGAGGAAUUUCAAACUUUCUUAAGGAACAAUGGUAUCGCCCAGGUCACGUCUGCACCAUACCAUCCCGCUACGAAUGGACUAGCUGAGCGGUUUAUUCAGACCAUGAAAAACUAUCUGCGGAAAACAACUUCGAGCCAUCCCCUCCGUACAAGGUUGUCACGUUUUCUUCUAUCGUACAGGAACACCCGGCACCCGACAACAAGAGAGUCUCCGGCCCAGUUGAUGCUACAGCGGCAUCUUCGCACCAGACUGGACCUCCUGAAACCAUCGGUUGCAGACUGUGUGGCCAGCGCACACUACCGCCCACAGCGGCAACACCCAGGACAAGAGCGGGCUUUCACUGCAGGAGACCAAGUCUAUGCCAGAGAUUAUCGAAGUGGUCACAAGUGGCAGCCAGGAACAGUCGCUGCCCAAACUGGUCCAGUGUCUUUCCAAGUGCAAGUCUCCCAGGGACGGGUAUGGCGAAGGCAUCAGGACCAGUUGCUCCGAGCACCGUCGCAAGACUCCGGACCUUCAGAGUCGCGUCCAGACGAAACGGGAGGGGUGUCUGCCACGGCUUGGACAGACAGCACACCGGAAGACAGCGCAGGCGACAGAUGCCUUCCACAGGCCUCUUUGCCUGCACCAUCCGAAGUCCCGAGGCCAAGAAGCAACACCCAGGAUGCUGAGACGCUCAGGGAUGCAGAUAAUAGUGACGGAGAGCGACGGUAUCCCGUGCGAGAUCGGCGCAAGCCUCGAAGGCUAAUAGAAGAAUGAAAAAAAAAAAAAAAGCGACGGACUUUUCUAAACUAUUUACUGUUAA